AAUAAAUGUAUCGAAAAUUCUAGGGAGUGCAAGCAACGCGAAUAAACCGUCGUAUUUAGCGACACUCCCGCUAGGGAAACAUUUUUUGACGAAUCGUUUGCCAUACGUCGUGUUUACGUAUUCUUUUCUUCGUGGAGUAUGCCUCUUGCUGGCAUCGGCACGCGAAGGGGAGAGAAUUCGUUAGCAAUGUUUUCUCGAGGAUCGUCUACGAAGCUCACCUCGCCGAUUUGUUCAUGUGUCCGUAAUUGUUCGUCAAGUGGCGAGGUCGCGUAGUAGUAGUAAUAAUAAUAAUAAUAAUAACAGUAAUGAAUUAGUGCGACACAGCAAUUAUCCAGCAUCGUCCCGCGAAGAUUUUCAUAACCUCCCUACUGAGGUGUUCUCAUCUCACCAGCUUGUCGUAAGAGACGCCCGCAUAGCUUAAGAGAGAUAGCUUAAGAGAGUAAGAAUUUGUUUGGCGAAAAUUAAUUUGUGAACCUUAACUCAUUCAUAUAAUAAGCUUUUUGAACCGGCGAUGAGCGACAAUAAGCAGGUAGGUGAAACUCCCAGUAGCGAGGUUGCUAAUCGAUUUCGAAGCUGUAGGGAUCUGAGCGACAUUGUACCGUUGUAUCCGUCGCGCGCGCUUUAUCUCAAACCGCUUGCCAAAGUUAACGUGUCGGUCAGUCUGCCCCAACUGAAGACUCCAGGCAAAACAAUAUCGACAUGGGAGGUAAUGGAGAAGAUACGCGCGCUUAUACUGCCAGACGAAUUCGCAACUCUGAAAGUAACAAAGAGCACCCUGGAAUUCAUCCGGUUAGAAGGCGACCUGCGGGACCGGUGCAGGUUACCAAGGGUGCUAGCCAGACUGGACUCGCAGCAAUUAAAUUUGGCCGGCUUCCCCAAUGUUCUCAAAGUCCGUGCAGCCGAGGCGAAGGACGACUUCCCAACCAGACACAGUUGGAACUCCUACUUCAGGGAUGCGAAACACAUGAACGAGUUGAAGGCCGGCGAAAGACCAGACACUAUCCACAUUACCGGUCUGCCGGUUAAAUGGUUUAUCGAGGAUGAUGCGAAUGUACCCAGCGAGUCGCUAAUUACCAAGAUAUUCAAGAAAUGGGGAACACUGAGGAGAGUCGAUGUACCCGCCGCGGAUCCCUACAGGUCUAGAAUGCGGCUUGGCAAUAAUAUUCAUAAAUUUAGUUACGAGGAUGGUAUAUUUUUCGAUGUGUACGUGCAGUAUGUUGAAUAUAUGGAUUUUGUUAGAGCUAUGGACGCUCUGCGCGGUAUGAAGCUGUUGAAAAAGGAUGACCAAAAUUCACUGACCGCAACAAUAAAGGUUGAUUUCGAUAAGACUAAACAUUUGAGCGACAAUUCGGUAUCGCACCGAGAAUUUGAAAGGAAACGUUUAAUAGCACAAGAUAAUUUAGCGGCUGAGAAACUUCGUAAACGAGAGGAAGAGGAAAAAAAGCGACAAGAAGAACAAAAAAAAAAGGAGGAGGCAGAUUCGAUAGCGAAAGUAAAUCGACAACGAAAACGGGAAGAGAAACGAAAACGGAAGGCCCUCACAAAGUUUCGUAAGCAAGAAGAAGACAAAGUCUCGAUGAAGAUUGCCAGAGAAGAACAGAAGUUAAUAAAAGCUCAAAGGCAAUUGGAAAGCAUACGAUUGUUAGAUGAAUUGUUUGACAGAAUAAAGACAAAAGUGGAGAGGAAAGAGAUUAAGCUAGAUCAAAACGUAAAUACGGAAAAGAAAAGUGAUCAGACAAGUGAAAAUACUAAGAAGAUAGAUUCGGAGAAUGAUAAGAAAAAUAAGGAGAAACAGAUCAAGAAGAAAAAGACGAAAAAAGAGAAAAAGAAAAAGGUGCUUAACUCUUUUAUCAUUGAAUAUUAUAAUAUAAAAUUUGUAUUAUUUAUUUUUCUUGCAACUCAACAUUUAAGAAUUAACGCGAUUAAAUAAUAUGCUGUUUACAGAAAAAGCAAAAGAAAAUACAAAAAAACGAAAAAAGAUGAUUCUGAUUCGAAUAGUUCAACCGAAAAAGAAUCAGAUGCAGAUAAAAAUGCAAACAAAAAAAAGCUUAAAAGUGUUUUAAUACAGAACAAUAGUGCGACUUCGUCUACAGGUAUUUCAGCCGCAAGUCUUCCUUAUGACUAUUCUGAUUCUAUUUCGAUGUCGAGAAUACCAAUAUUACCAUCGAUGACGCCCUUUCACAGGCUGAGAAUGUCAAGAUAUUCGAGAAAAUUGCUGAGAUCGGAAUAUCCUGCGAUGUCGAUCCAUUCCAUGUUACCUACGGGCAGGGGUCGGAGAUUUAUUCCGCGAUAUGAAAAUUAUGCUAUGACAAAUCCUUACUUGUAUAAUGGAGAAUACUACGAAUAUUUUACACAUCUAGUUGAGCGAGCGAAACAACGAGAGUCAAAGGCACUUGAUCGUCGAAAAUCCAGUAGAUCCGCUUCAAGAACGAGGAAAUCAAAAUCUAGAAGUGCCUCUAGAUCACAUAGUAGAAGACGAAGCAGUUCUAAGAGUCGCAACAGAAGGUCAAAGUCAAGAUCUAGAUCGCGGUCGCGCAGAUCUAGAUCACGGUCGCACAGAUCUAGAUUGCAAUCGCAUCGCUCGAGAUCACGAUCGCGACGUUCAAAGUCACGAUUUAGAAGUCGUUCUAGGUCGCACAGCCACCGAAAAUCGGCAAAUAGAUCCGCAUCGAGGAGAAGAACAAGAACAAGAUCGAACUCGAGAACAAAGCGCAAAAAUAAUAGAUCAAAAUCAAGUUCUAGAACGCGUCGUUCUAGGUCCAAACGAAAAUCGCGAUCUAGGAGUCGCUCUAAGUCCCGUGAUAGGAAUCGUUAUAGAAGACGCGGAGAAAGAUCAUCUUCUGUCGUCAAAGUUACGCGAGCGAAAUCACGACCCGUGUCUCCUAAACGGAGAUCACGCAGUAGUUCUUGGUCUAUGCCGAAAUCGCCGGGUCGUAGAAGUUGCUCUUGGUCAAGAACUGCAUCAACAAAUAAUGUUAGCGAGCAAGAUAUGAGCAAGACAUCUGAAAAACAUAUUCAAGAAGAAACAACGAAAUUGGCGGAAAUACAAAAGGAAGGGAAUUAAUAAAACUUAGUAUUGAUUUUAUUGAAAUAUGUCAAUAAGAAGAAAUUAAAAAAAAAAUACUGCUAUAAAAAAUAAUGAAAUACAGACUUUUAGUAUGUUUACUGCACAAUAUAAAUAUCUGAAAACAUUUCGUGUAGAUAGAACUUCUUUCUUGUACAUAAUAUGUAAAUAAUUACGUAAUAUGUAAUAAUAUGUUAUAAUCUGCC